GGCCUGCAUACAUGUGGCACAGCCGGCUGCAGUAGCAUAGUCUCUGAAGCUCUGGUGUGUGUGGUACUGACCAUGAUGCCUAAGCAAUAAGCAUUAGCCGUACAUCAGGUGAACACAUGCAGCUAUUGGAAUAUCUUGAUUGAUCGAAAAAGGUCUCCAGUCUCCUCUCUCUCCUGUCAUCUGAGAAUCUCUCCGGCAGCUUAUCUAGGGUUCACUGUUUAUCCUGCGCAGCCUGGCAACUGUCCGCAUGCCCAGGAUUAUUACUGGAGCCCCCUUUCAACACACACACGGACAUACACACAACUUUUUUAUCGAACUCUUAUCAAGGAGACGAAUUUGGGGUGAGCUAAGGAAAGAGCACAAGUUGUGGAUUUUGGAUCUUCUGUGUUUUGUUUGACCCUUUUUUUUUAUAUAUAUAUAUUUUUAACUUAGUUGGCUUACUUUUUUGUUACGUUUCAUUUUUUGUCCCCCUCCUUAUCUUUCUGGAGGGCUGUGUGUUUGCAUGCGAUGGAUCACACACUCUUUGGCUGCCUCCGCAGCCCCCAUGCCACUGUGCAGGCCCUGCACCCUGCCUUCACCCAGUCUCCGCUGACUCUCCACGGACGCACGGACCACGUCUCCUACCCUGACCUGGCCUCUUCCACCGCCACCUCCUCUCCUUCGGCCUGCAUCAUCUCCGGCUAUCCCGGUGACGAGGGCCUGUUCGGUGGGCAUCACCACCAUCACCGUGGGCAUCACCCGGCACAGCAACAGCAGCAUCACCCGCCUCAGCACCAGGCUGGCUGGCACAUUCCACAGAUGCCCUCUCCUGGCAAUGCGAGCUCCCGCCACAACCUCUGCCACCCCCACCCCCACUCUCACUCGGCCCAGGACAGUGCCCUCGCACCCCCAGACCUAGGCACCCCUGGCAGGAACAGUCUCUGUUCCAGCACCCCCAACCUGGGCAGCAGCACCCCCACAGGGGCCAAUUGUGUGCCUGCAGACUUUGGAAGACAGACACUGUCACCUGCUGAGGCAGAGAAGAGAAAUGGCAAGAGGAAAAGUGACAGCUCAGAGUCCCAAGACGGGAAUUACAAGUCAGAUGUGAGCAGCAAACCCAGGAAGGAGCGGACGGCGUUCACCAAAGAGCAAAUCCGUGACCUGGAGGCCGAGUUCGCCCAUCACAACUAUCUGACGAGACUGAGGCGCUACGAGAUAGCAGUCAACCUCGAUCUCACAGAGAGACAAGUAAAGGUGUGGUUCCAGAACAGGAGAAUGAAGUGGAAACGAGUAAAAGGAGGUCAACAGGGGGCUGUAGCGAGGGAAAAGGAACUGGUGAACGUGAAAAAGGGGACAUUGCUGCCGUCCGAAUUCUCCAGCAUAGUGGCUCUUCAUCACUCCACAGACUCCCUGGCCAAUGAGGACAGUCACGAAAGCGACCAGAGUUCUGAGCAUGCUCACUUAUGAUGCACAGCAGCAGGCCACUCCUACACAAAGUGGGUUCAGCCUCACAUCUCAGGAACGUCCUUAAAAGGACAUGUUAUCUGGUCGUCAUUAGCAAAGUUUAACGAUGCUAAAUAAAUGUGUACAAAUGUACAAAGAAAUGACGUGUGUUACUUGAUCUAAGAAGAUACAUGUUAGGACGUUGGUUAAACCAAACUAAGAUCACCAAUACGUUUCAAGAACUGCGAACCCAACGCAGGAAUAUGAGAUAUUGCAAAAGGUCAAUGCACAUUAAGCAUACGUUACGAACGUGCUUCCACUCAACACUGCUCUUGGAAGCAGAACAUAUUCUUUGAAUAUUAGGACAGAUUCAGAAUUGGCCGAAUUGUUAUGAACAUUCCAUGUUGUGUGUCUUACAUUGAAAAAGGGGCAAGUUCAUGCUUUUGAUUUGCACUGGUGAACACUUGCCUCAAUUGGUUUCUACUGUUUGUCAUAAAAAUUGCGAUGUAAUCAAAUUAUUAUCAAGUGUGCGGGAGAAUCAAAUUUGCUCAGCUAAUAUACAGUAUACUCUGAACUUAAUUAUCUGUCAUUUUCUUACCUUUUCUCUAGCAACAAUUUCUAAUACACACUAUACCACUCACACAGUAAUAAACAUUUAUGAUGUU